AUGUCUAGUGUUACCAAAUGCGGGUACACGGCGCUGCAGCGAGCCUCCUGCGAGGGACAUAUAGACAUCGUUCGGCAACUCAUCAAGCACAGCGCCAAUGUUGACCACCAGGAUGACCAGCACGGGAACACGGCGCUGCACGAGGCCGCCUGGAAGGGGUACAGCCAGACAGCAGAGGCCCUGGUGCGAGCCAAGGCUAAUGUGUACAUCAAAAAUAAAGGAGGAUUUGCCCCCCUCCACCUCGCCUGCCAGAACGGACAUAACCAGACCUGCCGCAUCCUCCUGUUAGCCGGAUGUAAGCCUGACAUCAAGAAUAAUUAUGGAGACACGCCGCUGCACACCGCGGCGCGCUACGGUCACGCUGGAGUAACGCGUAUCCUUCUCUCCGCCCGAAGCCAUGUCGCCGAGAUGAACAAGAAUGGAGACACAGCCCUGCACAUCGCAGCAGCCAUGGGGAGGAGGAAACUGACCAAGAUACUGCUGGAGUCUGGUGCUAGCCAGACCAUCAAGAACAAGCAAAAUGAGACGCCAGGAGACAUUGCAAAACGGAAAGAGUUCAACCAAAUCUUGGAGAUCUUGAAGAACCCUCCACCCGUGGUUUCUCCAGAGGAGCGGCUGAGAAGGGAACAGGAGCAGAAGAAGAAGGAGGAGAAAGAGAAAAGGGGAGCAUCAGGGGCUAGCAAAGACAGAGGAAAGGGGGACAAGAAGCGGGGCAAGACCAAUGAUAGUGGCACCUCCAGCAAGGACAGCAGCACUCGGGCCAAGGAGAAGAAAAAGCACAAGACAGAGCACAAGGAGAAAAAGAGAGGCAAGCAGGUGCAGUGGUCACCAUAUGGGUGUCAGUACUACCCGCCAAUAUCCCAUCAGGACCUGGCCAUUCCCAACAUUGACUCCCUCCCCAAUGACCCUCUUGGCAAGGGUGAGCAGUACUUCAUUGACCUAGCAGGGAACAUCAAGAAGGGGCCAGUGGGAGUGGGUUACACCUGCUACUGUGCGCCUUUCUUCAAGAAUGUGGAGGACAAGCUGGAGAAGGACAAGGUAGCUUUGAUGGACCACAUUGAUGCUGCUCAUGACAAAUUGGAUGCCAAGAUCACCAACCUGGAGCAUCGCACAAAGUCACACAUUCAACACCUCAGUGACAAUGUGAAGCAGAAGCUGGCGGAUGAGAAGGAGGAGUGUCGGCAGCGUGUUGAGAGAACCAAGGCAGCCAGGGAGGCACAGGCUGACUCUCGAAUAGCACAGCUGCAGCAGUGGGUUGAGCGUCGCCUGAGUAACAGAAACUCCAAUCCCCAAGUCCUUCCCAGGUCCCUCCUACUCAGAGGCUCAAUGAGAAGACCUAGGGAACCUCCACCUGGCCAUUACCCUCUCUCAAGGUCUAGGUCAGAGGAGGCAAUCUCUGAAUAUCGUGAGGAAGGUGAGAGUGACCGAGAUUCAGUAUACAAGGGAUUGCGAGUGCUGGACCACCCCACAUCCAUGUACAACAUUCCCCAAAAGGUGCACGAUGAACAUGACACUUUCAUCUAUGACUCUCCCAAAGCCAUCCCCUCACUGGUGCCCGGUGCCCUCCGCUGCCCCUCACCCACUGACCACCCCUCCAGGAGUCAGUCUGCUGAUAGCCGUGAACUUGGACCUGCAAGAAGAACACUAGAAAGACGCAGUCAUUCACUUGAUGCCAGGAAUGUCCUUGAAAGUUCUGAAGAUUUGCCUAACAGAAAGACACAGAGAAGAAGUAUUGAAUCUCCUGUCUCUCCACCAGCAAGGGAUGUUCUCAAUGAGUCUGCCAGCAGUGAUUUGUCUGGUGGACUGCGGGGGAGCAGGAGCAGCAGAGGCCUCAGUGGCUCCUCCAUGCACGGGUCUCCAGUAAUACGCAGAAUGGGCCGAUAUUCACCUGCGCAUCCUUCACCUCUCCUCAGACAUCCUGAUCUAUCAACACCAGUAGAGGCCUCAGCUCCUCCUCCUACUAGACCCUCACAUCUCCACCACACAGACCUCAACCAGGCUGUGGACAACCUAAGAGUCUCACAGUCACACGCUGAAAAUGGCGCCAUACCAAAGACAACCGUACGAUCUGAGGAGGCUCACUGCACCAGAAACAAUGAGAUGAGCCAAGCACAACAGCCCCAGGGCUGGAGUGGCUACAGCCGCUAUGAUUACCGCAACAACAACCCCUACAUGCAUGGUGACUUGCGGGGCCAUGCUCCACACACUCACCAACCCCAGGUUGCCAGCGCCCUCACAGAUCCCACCCCAGUCAAGCAUGGGAGUGAGGCCUACAUGCAGUACCCAAAAUACCCACCACCUCCUGAAGAAGCACAGACAGCUGAACCUUACCAGCCUCAGCCUCAUGAAACCUACCAUGCCCAGAAUGCUGAAGCAUAUUACUCACAGAAUGUGGAGGCCUUUCAGGGGCAUGGCACUGAGGCUUACCACACACAGACCACAGAAGAAUACCACAACCAGAGUGUAGAGACUUACCAUGCACAGAUGGCUCAAGCACAAGAGGACUAUGAUGCUGCUACUUAUUUGGAUAUGGACAGGUACAGAAUCCAGCAGGCAGUGAAGCGGCUGUAUGAUGGGUACCUGGCCGAGGGGCGGCUGGAGGCGGUGCGGGGCGGCGGUGCAAGGAAUCCCCAUGAGUCAUCUACUGAACAUGACUCCCACAAUGACUCUGGCUACUCCACCAGGCUUUGCACAGGUUCGCAGGGACCCUCACCUGCACUGUCAGGUGGCCAUGAACACCUUGCAGAGAAUGACAUGCGGCAGCACAUGGGAGGAGCCACACCAGAUGCUGUUCGCUGCAAACCCUUUGGGGACGCUCCAAAGCAGGAUCUCAGCCGGGGGAGUGUUGGAGAUCAAGGAAAGGCACCAGGAGCAGAGGAAGGCUACCCAGUUCCUCCUGUUCUCCGUUACAAUGGCCUGCCAGCUGGAGCCAGCAAACCCAUGCCUGGAGCAGCUCCCAAGUUCUCUACACCAAACCUGAGUGAUGAUACCAUUAUCAUUGGGGAGUCAUCACUGGUGUGAGAGACCCUGGCUGCAGGAUGAUGUGUGUCCUACAUGAAGGACCAAGAAGGUUGCUCAUCAUUGGUAUUUUACUUUAUCUUAAGUGAGAUAUGAUAGAUAUAGUGUAUGGCCCUCCAUUAAGCAACCCAGAGAUGCAGGCUGGCCUUACUUUUGAAGUCUACAUUCUAUUUUUAUAUCCUUCACAAUAAUGUGCCUUCUGAAAGUACUACAUAUAGAUUAUAUUUGAUUGUAAAAUGAAAUACAAUUUUUAAUAUAGUUGUAAGAACAAGAUGUUGAGGAAUGAGUAUUUGUGUACCAGUUGGCUCAAGGUAGCAAAGUACUUGUGUAGAGCACUAAAAGGGAUACAGCUGCUUGUGUACCAAAGGUCAGAGAGACAGUGGGGGGAAGUUCAGGCCAGAACUAAAAGAGGAGCUACUGCUAGCAAUGGCAGUGACCUCAGCUGCUGCUCUGUGAACUGUACAGUGUAAAUAAAAGUGACUCUUGUGUAUACCUCUUCCAUAUUGUAAGUACGUAUAUUUAACUGUUUAUAUGUAUAAUUCUGAUUGGUAGCAAGAAUUUGAAUUACUUUCAAAAUGUAAGAAUAUUAUGUAUAUUUCUAUAGAAUUUUAAAUCCUCACACACAGGAUGUUUGUAAAGCAUAUAAUGGCAUGUACAAACGUAUUAUCACCACAAAUACUCAUUUUUGUCCAAGGAGCUCCUAGCUGACCAUGCAUAAAAUGUAUAUGUAAUAGAUAUCUUUAUUUCCAUUUGUUUCUCAGUUUGCAAGUAUUCAGUGGAAACUUUGGCAGAGGAUGAAAUAAUUAUAUUUGUAACCUCAAAAAGUAAAAAAAUUAGAUCUUUGUAAAUUCAAGAUUCUAUGUAAUAUUUGUAUAGCAUUUUUCUGCUAGUAAAAUAGAUGUUAACAUCAAAAUAAGCUGCCCAGAUUUCCACUUUAUCCCUUCCUCAUAAAGUGUUUACAUACAGCCUUUUCUUUUCUGAACAUUCAGUGCCACAUUUAUUGUACUCUGCAGCAAUAUUGAUGCAUUUCCUUGGUCUUUACCAAUAAGUUGUAAUUGUAUUUACCAAUUGUACUGUCAUGGUUAGUAGUUAAGUAAUCUAGUGCACUCACUUAAACUGUCUCAACAUUUCCCUGAAUCUGGAAGGCUGUGAUCUCUCUGCAAACUGCUGUACUGUGUUUCAUCAACUCUGUCAUAGUAAUCUCAUAACUAAAGGACAUGCAAAUAUGAUAACACUGUCACCGAUUGGUGAUGUCAUCUGCUGAUUGAUUCAAGUAUUCAUGUUUUCUUUUCAGAUACAUGACAGAUUGAGUUUCUGUUCCAACCCAAAUCCUUAGCAUUUGUAAGAUAUUAAAAUUUUUGUACAUGUAUAAAUUGCUGCCUUGUAAAUUAAUAAAGGUUUUGGUAGGACUAAUAAAGUCAGUUUGCUGCAUGUUUGAAAAUAAAACAUGAAUAUUUGAGCCAAUCAGCAAGUGAAAACAUUGGUUAGUGGCAGUGUUACCGUUCUGCAUCCUCAGGUGGUGAAAUUUGUAUGCCAGACUCAGAGUAUUAUCAUUAGGUUUUGUAAAGAGAUUGCCAGUGUAUCAAAAGACUAAAUAUUGAGGAAAAAUACUAAGCACAAUGGAAAUGAGUGCAGGAGAUUAAUUGACUGCCAGGCAUGACUUUAUUAUGUGUAAGGAGGAAGGAAGAGUAACAGGCAGGAAGGUUACAAUGUGCACCUCCAGCUUGGUGUGAGUGUUGGUGUGAUGAAUGGACGUGUUGCCUGAUGCUAGUCAGACGGGUGCCCAAGUGUGUUCAUGGAGUCACUGUUGGCCAGAGUUAAGCUUGACUCAUAUUUUUAGGACUGGUUGAGAAUUCCUUACCUAGAAUGCUUGGGACUACGGUGCAUCUACGUUCCAAGAAAGUGUACUGUAAAUUGAAAACAUUGUUUAUAUCAGAAGUUUAAUAAGCAUCAGCAAAAGUUCUGAUGAUAUUCAGUAAUAUUAAAUGUAUUAUUGUUGUACUGCUUUUGUAUUGUAUUAACAUGAAAAUGUUAGAAGAUUAUAGACAAUGUUCACUCUUGAAAACCUCCAGUUAAAGAUUUUGGAUAAGGGAUUCUGAGCCUGUAGUUAUUAUGCCUAUCUGCUGUAAGUUUAAUCUUUGUGCUCAUAAUAAUGCAUGCAGUGUUGAGGCCCAGUUCACCUCUCUCUCUCCAUUCUUUUCCUCCUUAAGAGAUCCAAACAUACUGAGGAAACAAGCAUGGCAGUUGAACACUUUCUAUUAUGAACUGUUUAUUAUUUAUUGCAUACAUUUUUUAUAGCUUCAUUUUUGUAUUUUAUCAAACCUUCAUUGCCACUCAAAUUUUGAUUGUUAUAAUUAAUCACAAUUUUUAACCCUUACUUUUGUGAUCACCCAUAUGGAGCAUUUUAGAAACACUGAGAAAUCUAUGUGAAGGCAGUAUUGAUUCACCAUGAGAUGCCCUUGACAGGCAUUAAACCCUUCUCAAUACUGUCACUGUAGCAUCUAAGUCCAGCACAUGUUUGAGAGGUCAUCAGUUAGGCUGGCAGUGAUCAUCCAAGCCUGAGUCCUGCCACUAUAGUCUACUUAAUUUUAUCAGAACCCACACAAGUGUGAUCCAGUCCUGCUUGCCUGCCUCAAUGGGUUUGCUGCUGUUCCUGCCAUUCCCUCCUCCACUGCUUCACUUGGGACCUGCUGGUGUUUCUUCCCUGCUUGACUAAUGGCAGGUUGCAAGCUAACAACUGUAACUCCCACUAAGUGCUUGUUCACAUCUAGCAUUAACAUCUAUCUUGCCCAUUACUGGUUGUGUCUGCCUAGGUACUUUUGUUAAUUAGUUGUACAAUGUUAUUUUUUUAUUACUUUUUGUUUUCUAUCUCAAUGGAGUUAGUCAUGUUUAUUUAUGUUUCCAUUAAUAUAAAAUAUCGGAAAUAUUUGAAGAAUUUAUUAAUGGCCAACAAACUUCCAAGUUCUAAAGCUUCAGUUUGGUUCACUGUUUAUUUACUCAUUCAUUUCAGAUUUAUUUGUGUAAUGCAGAUCAUGUAAAUACAGCUUUUAUACCUUUCAUCACCUAUGCAGGGUGUGGAAGGUAACUUUAGAUCUCCAUCCAUUAGUACUAAUAGGCUACUGCAUGACACAACCUGUAUCCCUGUAUGUGUAUGUAUGCAUAUUACAAGUUAAUACAGUACCUACAUACAGUGGACUGCAGCUCCCAAUGUUAUCCCAGUACCCUGUAAGUGAUCCCUAACUCUCCUUUUUUUUCUUUCCCACUGGUGCUGUAAAAACCCAUUUGAGACCAUAUUUUUUUUAGUUAAGCUGCAAUUCUUACACAUUAUAUAUAUAUAUAUA